GAGCGAGUCCGUCUUCUUCCGCUGUCCGCGGCCCAGGCGAGCGCGGGGUGUGCGUCGGCGUCGCGGCCAGCAGAGGGAUUCUGGGUAACGGCCCCGGCCGGCUGGGGCGGCUGGCUCCGCGCAGCAGGUUCCACUCACGCCAAGUCCGUUGGCAGUGGCGGUUCUAGGGCUGGGGGCCGCCGGACAUGGAGCAGCCGUGGCCGCCGCCGGGACCUUGGAGCCUCCCUCGGGCCGAGGGUGAGGCUGAGGAAGAGAGUGACUUGGACGUGUCCCCCAGUUCUCCCCGCUGCCCGCAGCUGCCGGGCGGCGGCGCGCAGAUGUAUAGCCAUGGAAUUGAACUGGCUUGUCAAAAGCAGAAAGAGUUUGUGAAGAGCUCUGUGGCAUGCAAAUGGAAUCUCGCCGAAGCUCAGCAAAAACUUGGUAGCUUAGCCCUGCAUAACUCCGAGUCCCUGGAUCAGGAACAUGCCAAAGCACAAACAGCAGUGUCAGAGCUAAGGCAACGUGAGGAAGAAUGGCGGCAGAAAGAGGAGGCCCUGGUGCAGAGAGAGAGGAUGUGUCUGUGGAACAUGGAUGCCAUUAGCAAGGACGUUUUUAACAAGAGUUUUAUUAAUCAAGAUAAAAGAAAAGAAAUAGAAGAUGAAGAUAAAUCAAAAUCAUUUAUGCAGAAAUAUGAACAAAAAAUCAGACAUUUUGGUAUGUUGAGUCGAUGGGAUGAUAGUCAGAGAUUUUUAUCUGACCAUCCAUAUCUUGUAUGUGAAGAGACUGCUAAAUAUCUUAUUUUAUGGUGUUUUCAUCUAGAAGCUGAACAGAAAGGGGCUCUAAUGGAACAAAUAGCACAUCAGGCUGUUGUAAUGCAGUUUAUUAUGGAAAUGGCCAAAAACUGUAAUGUGGAUCCAAGAGGGUGUUUUCGUUUAUUUUUCCAGAAAGCCAAAGCAGAGGAAGAAGGUUAUUUUGAAGCAUUCAAAAAUGAACUUGAAGCUUUCAAGUCAAGAGUCCGACUUUAUUCUCGAUCACCAAGUUUUCAACCUAUGACAGUUCAGAAUCAUGUGCCCCAUUCUAAUGUGGGAUCUAUAGGUUUGUUAGAAUCCUUACCACAGAAUCCAGAUUAUCUUCAGUAUUCUGUCAAUACAGCUCUCUGCAGUUUAAACUCAGUGGUACAUAAAGAAGAUGAUGAAUCCAAAAUGAUGGACACUGUAUGAUUUGGUUAAGACUGCUGAGGCCAAGUGCUAUUUUGUUACAAGAAAGGAAGAACUUGGCUAUUUUCUUGACACUUUCAUGGGUGCUGCACUUUAUUUUUGUUCGGUUUUGAUGGGAGGGGAAAAAAGAGUACUGAAACGUUUUGUAAAAUUUUUUUAUGUGCUGCUAGGUUUUUUGUUUGUUUGUUUGUUUGGGAAGAGAGGAGUGGUCCCGUAUGUUGCAGGAAGUCAAACUGGACUCUUUUUUUUUUUUUUUUUUUGGCUACUAAAUUUGCCUUUAAUCUUAUUGUUCUCAGUUUUGGAAUCAAAGUAUGAAAAUCUGCACAAAUGCAAUGUUUACAAGAACUGGUUGAUUCUAGGAGGCAUCUGCUACAGUCUCUUUUUAUGUGGAUAUGUACAUGUCCUACUCUACAAAAAUGAUUAAAGAUAAAAAUGUACUUGUAUCCUACUGCAAAUUUCGCUGUCAGGUCUGGUGUUGCAUCAUAGUAAAAGCAAUAAAUCAGUAGUUGAUAAUCUA